AUGGGUGAACCAUCAGAUUCUUUGGAAGACCAGCUUGAUGAUGGCAAAAACAUCAUCAACUUUGUGACCAACACUGACAAGAGUAAGGCCAAGAAGGACCAGACUCUCCAGUUCCUCACCACUAGACUGCAGCUGCUCGAGAGCUACUGGCAGGCGAUCAAGGACAGAAGGUCGUUGGUACGCAGGGAAAACAAGGCUCUGGCCAGCACGUAUCCUAACUUCAAGGAUGAUCUCUACCACACUUAUGAGUCGGAGUACUCAAUUGCCAAGAUAGAGCUAACCACUCGCAUGGCUCCCAUGGCAACUCCAAUCCAAUCCGCUCCAGGUACAAGCACCGCUCCAAACAUCCAAAUGUUCUCCACGCCAUCAGCAUUUCCAGCCUUGAAACUCCCAUUGUUCAGUGGGGAGCAGAGAGAUUGGGAAGCGUUCAAGGAGAGAUUCGACGCCAUGGUGAUCAAGAAGACUCAUGUGGAGGACUCUGAGAAACUGGAUCGACUACUGUCUUGUGUAGAAGGCAAGGCUGCUCAGAGGCUCAAGGGUAUCCAGAUUACCAAUGCCAACUGGACUGUGGCCUGGAAUAUUCUGCUCAGCACUUACGACAAUAUACGUGUCAAGCUGGCAGAUCAGAUGGGACGUCUCUUCACCAUGCCACCUGUCUCAAAGGCUUCCGCCGCUGAAAUAGGUAGACUUCUGGAUACUGUGGAAGAGGCCAAGCGAUCCUUUGAGUUGCUUGAGCGACCAGUCGACCAGUGGGACGACUGGUUUGUCCAGCUUGUUGAGAGGAGACUCGACAAGGUCACGAAGACUGACUGGGAAAAAUCCAUUGAGAGGAAUGAUGGAUUUCCUCCCUACCAGGAUCUGAAAAAAUUCUUGGAGUGUAGGUGCCGUACGCUGAUGACUGCAUCAACCAUGGAUACUGAACCAGUCACAUCCAUUGCUAAAUCCAAGCCUCUGGAGAAGAGUAAUGGUGCAACGAAAAUGAAUUCAGCCAAGACACACAGCAGUCAUACUACUCAAGUCCAGCAGCCACCUCCAAGUGCCGACAACAAGAAAGUGGCCAAAGUGAAAGAGCCAUGCUUGUCGUGCAAGGGAAAUCACUCCCUCGGUUACUGUCACAACUUUGUGAACACCAACUGUGCUGGAAGAUGGAGAUUGGUGGAGAAGCUGGGAGUAUGUGUCAACUGUCUACGCUUGGGACACAACUCAUCAACCUGCCCAUCACCUAUACGCUGCAGGGUCACGAACUGCAACCAGCUUCAUCACUCCUUCCUCCAUGGUAACAGUAUGGGCCCAGCUGCUGCCUCUUCGAAUGAGCCAACUGGACCAUCCCUAUCUUCACCCUCAACGUAUCACACACAGAGCAGAGGUAAGCGAGUGAUACUUAUGGCCACAGCCCGUAUAAUUUUGGAGACAGCAGCUGGUGAGACGUUGCUGGUGCGUGCCCUUCUGGAUCCAGCCUCCGAGGUGUCUCUCGUGUCCGAACGAGUGGUGCAAGCCCUGCGUCUGUCCAAGCGACGCUCUUGCACUAAAAUCACUGGCGUUGGAGGAGAGACUGGAGCCAAAUCAGUUGGAGAGGUGAACCUCAUGGUGAAGUCCAAUGGCUCAAAGGACUUCAAGCUGCACUUGACUGCCCUGGUGGUACCACAGAUCACCACAUCGCUCCCAGCAGAGCCCAUCCAGUAUGGUGACUGGAGUCACAUCGCAGGGUUGGAGUUAGCGGAUCCUAAGUACUACGUGCCUGGAGGUGCUGACUGCCUUUUAGGAGGUGACGUGUACAACCUGCUCAUCCUGGAGGGUCUGAAGAAAGCUGCUGAGGACGAGCCGGUUGCUCAAAAUACCGCUCUUGGCUGGGUACUGACGGGACCCACAGCGGCCACAUCGUCAUCAGCUGCCUCAUCGGCAUACCACAUCGUGCGAUGUUUUCACACAUCCACGAGCUGCUGCCAACUGCGUGACGAGAUUCGUCGCUUUUGGGAACUCGAGGAGGUUCCAAUGAAGGUACCCCUCUCUGCUGAGGAACAGGAGUGCGAGGAACACUUUGUGCGCACUCACAGCAGAGAUGAGACAGGCAGGUACGUCCUCAGAAUACCUUUCUCAAAAGAACCCGAAUUUCCAGGUAGCCUCAAUAUCGCUAGAUCCCGGCUACUGAGCAGCGAGAGGCGCUACCACCGCAAGCCCGCGGAGCGCCAGGCCUACGUUAACUUCAUGCGGGAGUACGAGGAGCUGGGGCACCUGGAGCGCGUGCCGACUUACGACGUCAACUCUUUACGCGUGUACUACAUUCCACACCAUGCUGUCUUCAAGGCCGACGGCAGUGGGAAAAUUCGGGUCGUCUUCAACGCUUCACAGCCAGCCGAGAACGAUGUUUCCUUCAACGACACGGUACACGCUGGACCCAAAACACAGACGGAGACUCCGGUGAUAAUGACACACUGGCGUAAUUAUCGCUACGUUUUCUCCGCCGACAUCGUGAAGAUGUUUCGCCAAUUCCGGAUCCAUCCAGAGGACACCGAUUGUCUCCGCAUCGUUUGGCGCGACACCAUAGAAGAGGCCAUUCAACAUUACCGUCUCACCACUGUGACGUACGGCACGGCUUGUGCUCCCUACCAAGCCAAUCGAGCACUGCGACAGUUAGCCGAGGACGAGAGAGAAAAGUUUCCGCUGGGUGCGUCCAUCCUCGAGAACCAUACCUAUGUGGACGACGCAUUUGCCGGUGCAAACACCAUCGAGGAGGCUUUGAAAUCCCGAUCACAGCUCAUCGGCAUCCUCAAAUCUGCCGGAAUGGAACUGGAUAAGUGGUCGGCCAACGAUCAUCGUCUCCUCACCUCGCUCAACGACGUCCACACGCAGGAGCUGGAUCUUUCCGCUGAUGAUGUUGUCUCCACGCUGGGCCUACGAUGGAUACCCUCGCUCGACCAGUUUUGUUUUAGGGUACAAUCACUGGCAGCCGAGGCUCCACCGACGAAGCGCGGUCUCCUCUCUACCGUCGCUCGUCUCUUUGACCCUGUUGGUUGGCUGGCACUCAUUCUCAUCCGAGCGAAAAUUUUGAUCCAGCUGCUGUGGCUUCAAGGAUACGACUGGGAUCAAACUCUUAUCGACGAUUUGUUGGACGAAUGGACAGCGUUCCACCAGCAACUCCGAGACAUCGAAGCAAUUCGAAUUCCAAGGUACUUCGGCUGCAACUCGAAACCUCUCUGGUUUCUUCACGGGUUUUCAGAUGCCUCUGAGCAAGCCUACGCAGCCGUCCUGUACUUCGUAACCCAGGAUGAAAAUCAACAGUGGUCGUCAUCCAUCAUCAUCGCCAAGAGCAAGGUAUCGCCCAUCAAAACUGUCAGCAUCCCACGGCUGGAGUUAUGCGGGGCUCAACUGCUAGCUCGUCUCAUCGCUGCGCUCACGCCGCAGCUUCUACAUCCACCAGCCAGGACUUUCUGCUGGUGCGACUCAACUGUCACUCUCGCUUGGCUGCGCGAGCGCGCCUCCCAUUGGAAAACGUUCGUAGCCACGCGAGUUGGUGACAUCCAAACGCUGCUGCCUGAUGUCUCAUGGCAUCACGUCGUCUCCGAGGACAAUCCAGCAGACUGCGCCUCACGAGGCCUUUCUCCGGAGCAGCUGCAAGCCCACACGCUCUGGUGGAAUGGACCAUCCUGGCUUUGCAAGGACUGGUCUUCAUGGCAUCCCACACCAGAGUCGGCGUCGUCGGAUCUCGAGCGAAAGUCUCCGAAGUCUGUGGUCCUUCAUGCGGCCAAGCAAGACACGACUUUCGAGAGCUACAUCACCAGGUUCUCCAGCCUCAAAGUCCUCAUCUACGCCUACGCCUACGUUCUACGGUGGCCUGCGAUUAGAAAACGCAAAGCGCUACCUGACAAGGAUCAUCAGCCUGGUAGAGGUUUGACUGCCGACGAAGUGAGAGGCGCUACUCGCUUUAUCAUUCGAGCAAUUCAGGGUGAGUUUUACGCCAUCGAGCUCAAAUGCUUACGAGAGCACCAGCCUUUUCCACGAAAGUCGUCAGUUCGUUCUUGCUGGCCAUUUAUCGAUGAGCACGGAGUUCUGCGCCUUGGCGGCCGUCUGGACAAUUUUGGAUUGUCAUACGACGAAGCUCAUCCACCAAUCAUCCCUUUGAAGAGUCGUCUCACCACUCUCAUCAUACGCGACGCCCAUUUUCGCACCAUGCACGGAGGACCUCAACUUGUCCUCAGCUACAUCCGUCGACGCUUUUGGAUCCCGCAAGUGCGCAACACCGUGCGGCAGUUUGUUCGUCGCUGCGUACGCUGCAUCCGAUUCCAAGGCCGAGUGGAAGAGCAACAAAUGGCUCCGCUUCCAGCCUCUCGAGGAGAACAGUCUUCUUCAUUUUCUACCUGCGGCCUUGACUAUGCCGGCCCGUUUCCGGUGCGCACAAGCAAGGGACGAGGACAAAAGUCGACCAAAGGCUACGUCUGCGUUUUCGUGUGCUUCGCCACCCGAGCAAUUCAUCUGGAGGUUGUUUCGGACAUGACAACGAGGCCCUUUCUCGACGCCUUCUCUCGCUUCACCGGACGACGGGGAAUUCCACACACUGUCUACUCCGACAAUGCAACGACUUUUCAGGGAGCCAGUGCAGAGCUUUGUCGCCUCUUCGAUGAAGCUUCCUCAUUUUCAAAGGAGGUCAAGGAUGCCCUCGCAGCAGACUGUGUCAGUUGGGAAUUCAUCCCUCCACGCGCUCCUUACUUCGGCGGCCUCUGGGAAGCUGGAGUCAAAUCCUUCAAACAUCAUUUGAAGCGAGUCCUCGGCGACGCCACACUGACGUUCGAGGAGUUUUCCACCCUCACCACGCAGAUAGAGGCCUUAUUAAACUCUCGUCCCAUCUGCCCUCUCAGCAACAAUCCCGAGGAUUCGACAGCGCUCACUCCUGGAUAUUUCCUCAUCGGCAAGGCUCUCACAGCUCUCCCCGAGCCUUGUGAUAUUUCUCGUCAAAUUGCAGGUGUCGCGCGCUACGAGUUGACUACAGUGAUGCGGAAUCACUUCUGGUCCCGCUGGCAGCGGGAAGUGAUACAUCAGCACCAGCUGCGCUCCAAGUGGCUCACCCGCAAUUCAAUUCUGAAGGAAGGUGACCUCGUGCUCAUCACAGACAUCAAUCUUCCUGCUACCAAGUGGCCCAUGGCUCGAGUACUUCAGCUACAUGUUGGCCGAGAUGGCCUCCCUCGUGUUGCGACUCUCAAGACCGCUACAACGACAUUGGAUCGCCCCUUCGUGAAGCUCAUCCGCCUCCCGGUGGAAACCGAGGUUUUAGACGCUGGCUUCCCGGACAAUCCCAUGGCGAGCGGCCCCAAUGUCUCCACGGCGGGCGGCCUCGGUGACGACGUCUCGGACGCCAACGACUCAAUUUCCAGCGCUAGCGAAGACUAA